AUGUCAAUCGACGGCAGUCGCGUUGGGAUCGCGAUCGCCGUCGGUGGAUUUGUUUGUUCGUCUUUGCCGCACGUCAUACUGGGGAUUUCUGGUGGGUUUUUGGCGGGCUUAGCGGGCAUUCUUUUGAAGAGCGGGGCUCAGGAGAUAGUGGACCCUGAAAUGCUGAAAGGGUCCACUAAGACCCAUUCCACUUUACUCAGAACGACGGGGGCAGUCCUCUUCAGAACCAAAGCGAACCACAAGAGUGGACUUAUGACGAAUGCCAAGCGCCCCACCUCUUAUCCGCUGUCGGGUUCGGUUCCACCGGUGGGCGCCGGAAUGGAAGGGAGAAUGGAUGCCUCGACGACCUCGUUGGACAAUUCAACUCGGUUGACUAGUACGGGCAAUGAUCGUGGCGAACCACCUACAGCAGCAGCCAGGCUUACAAACCUAAGCCGGUGCUUUCUACACUACCUGGCAACCACAUGGUCUGCACUCUGGAUCGGUAUCGUGAGCUUCGAGCUUGGUGGUUUGGCAAACGGUCCUAUCUCGCAAAUCGUGAACAAUCGGGAGUUUAGAGCCCGAUGCGUGGAUUCUGCUUCCGGAAUCGAGGGCAUGCCAACUAACCCGACCGCGUCUCGUCAAGCGAGAGAGGCAGGAAGCCGCAUUCAGGAACCUCAACAUCCAAAAUCCAAUGGUGGGGCAGGCUUACGGUUCGGCGGGACUUGCGAAUAUUCUGUUCAACGAAUCCAGUUUAGUCCCGGCUUCAUUCACAAUGAUCAUCGAUCUCUAGGAAACCAAAAGGGUUGCUGGCACCCCGGUCAACAAGGAGACAAGCCACACCCGACACAUGCCUGCCAUUUGCAACCUCCCUCGACCUACCAGAACCUUCACUUGCACUUGGCCCUCUCCGUAUCUUGCACAGUACUCCAGAGAACAGGUGAGGGCCCUGCGUAA